AUGGAUUGGUGGAGAGACUUUGCCAUCUCAGUAGACAUGGCUAUCCAUACCAUCAUACAGGCUCUCUAUUGCUCGAAGAAUGAACUAGUCUGGUUCAGCGGCUCUCGGCAGCUUAAACAGCAGGGGACCAUUCAGGCUUGCCUCUUUUCUUUGUCGACGGAUAGCAGUGAGAUCGGACAGCAUACAUUUUACGUAGCUCGUCAGAGUGUUUUGAGCUCGUCAGUAAUUGCUACCCAGCCAUGCAGGAACAGAACCACACAAAAAAUCCACAAGGCUCGUAAGAAGGCUAGACUGACUCUGAAAGACGAGGAGCGGAUGAGAAAGGCCGAGGAGUACAAGAAUGAUCGACGCAAAUACAUCUUGGACACCUUGAGAAAUGCAGGAAUCAGACCUGGACAGCAAUAUCAGGAGAGACCAAUUACAAUAACCUGCACUGGUGAUUUCUUUGAGCCCUACGUCCCACCAGAAGGAGAUGGAAGAGCCUCGUCACUAACCACAGAGGGUGCCAAGCAACGCCUUGAGCGGGUGAAAAAUGUUGGUGUCACGCAAAUGUCCCAGAGGAAAAUCCGGCAAUUUGAACCAGAGUUCACAACGACAGACUUUGCUUGGAAAGCCCAGCAGAUCUAUGUUGAUGCCCACAAUGCGCUCCAAGACUUUGACAGACAUUUGCUGCAUUCGCUUGUCACUGAAAAAUGCUAUCCUGAGAUCACAGCUGGUUUUCGUUACAAGACGAUAAGAUGGAAGAUGCUUGAAUCUAUAGAGAAACCUCGCGUUGUACACAUGAGAUGUACAGACAUGAUAAACAAAGGAAACAUCUAUGGGCAGGUCACUGUGCGCUUUCAUACAAAACAGACACUAGCAAUCUACGAUCGCUUCGGUCGCAUCAUGGUCGGGAGUGAAGAGAUACCUAAAGAUGUUCUGGAGUAUGUGGUCUUUGAGAAGCACCUGCCGCAUCGAUACGGAACGUGGAGAAUGCAUGGGAAGAUCGUACCAGAGUGGGCAGACCACAGGGAUCCCAUCAUCAAAACUAUGGUCUUACCCGAUGAGGAGGAGGAGGAGGAAGCUGGAGGAGAGGGGAUGGAGCAAGGAGGUAGUGAGAAAGAACAGAUGAACUGAUUAUCGGUGGAAGAAAAGUAAGAUCAAAACAGAUGAACUGAUUAACAGAGGAAGAAUUUGUUGUCAUGGUUUAAGGGAGUCUGCAUGGAAGAGGUAGGCUUGCCCUGAAGAUCUUCAACCUAGCUCUUUUAAUGGUUGGUUCUAGUAAAGAUGUUUGAAAAUGCACUCAUCUUUAUGGAGUUUAACAAAAGUCAGAUUUAUCGUCUAUUAGGGGUUUUUCCGAUCCUCAAUUGUUUUGUCCAUUGAGAAAUGUGAGAAACAGGAGCAUUUCAUGAAACCACCAGGCAAUGAUUUUCCACUGACUGUUGUUAUAAGCUACCAAAAUCCUUGCAUCUGAUUGGCUCAGAGCAUAUUUGUUAGUAAAAAUUAAUGUCAAGCUCCAUUCGGAAGAGGAAAAUACCCUGAGUGGAUUCUUGUUGAAAGACAUGGCCAAAGGUGGCUUAGACUUUGAUCAAGGUGACUUUGAUUGUUGAUGAAGAUGACCUGUUGCUAUUACUCUGGUGAAUGAAGGAAAUAACACAUGUAUCAUCCCAAUUCAAGUUCUAAUUCUUGAAAACUGUUUUAAUAUCAGCUCUCCAAUUUCACAGAGUUGUAACUAAUGUCCAUCCUCCAGAAAGGAAUAUAUUUUUAGGACAAACCAUUUGAUCAUUUCCAUCCUAUGGUAAAGUAUUCACAUCUCACCUUUCCUGGCCCAAAUGUUAUGGUAUUAUCUGUUUCAAAAAAAUCUUGCAUUUUUAAAAGAAAAAUAUUAAUUUAUAUGUGGUUCAUCAUUUUAUUUAUAAGAGCAAUUCAGAGAAUAAUCGGCUAGUGUGGUUUGCUUACAAAUAUUUUAUUAAGAUACCAUGUUUAGAAUAUGAAGAGCAAAAAGUUUGUGAGAAAAGGUUUAAAGGAGAAAAAAUGCUCAUGACCUGUCCUUUGGUAUAAAUUAAAUGUGAAUUGAACUUGAUUCAAUUUACAAGAACAAGCGGAAAAGUGUGAAACAAAAAUCAUUUAUUUCAGCAAUAAUUCUAUUCUUUUGCAAUGGAGAAUUGUGAAACAUAGAACAAGGGAAAAGUUUAAUGUUAUUAAAAGGAUAGAGCAACUGGCUCCAAAAUAUUGACAAGCAGUAAUUAUUUAAUGAACAUCUUCCUAAUAUGUGUAAUGAAUGUCAUAUUAUCGUGGAUAACCUGAAUAUGCUUUGUCCAUUUACAUGAUUAUUAAAAAGUAACUAAAAAUCUGA